AUGUCAGGCAACGACGAGGCGAUCACACAGCGUCAGCCUUCCAAUGCUGACGCAAUGUCCAACAUUGGUCGUCGCAAGAGCACCGUGGUCAACCAGGGAUUGACUGGUGCUUCCGCCUUGACCGUCAGACAGUCCAUCUUCCCCAUUUCUCUCGUCACCAUCCUCUUCUUCCUUUGGGGCUUCGCCUAUGGAUUGCUCGAUGUCCUCAACGCCAAGUUUCAAACCUCUCUCAACAUUACCGCAGCCAAAGCUGGUGGACUGCAGGGCGCUUACUUUGGUGCCUAUUUCAUCGGUCCCUUAACAUACUCCGGCUGGUUUGUUAGGAAGUUCGGAUACCGCUGGACUUUCAUCUUGGGCUUGUGCAUCUAUGGCGUUGGAGCUUUGAUGUUCUGGCCUUCGGCAGUUUAUUCCUCCUUCCCCGGAUUUUGCGGCAGUCUUUUCAUUGUCGGAUCUGGUCUCUCAACUCUCGAGACUUCUGCCAACCCAUUCAUCGCCACUUGCGGGCCUCCCAGACUCUCUGAGUUCCGUCUUGAGCUUUCACAGUCAUUCCAAGCCGUCGGCUCUGUGGUCGCGCCCCUCCUUGCCUCCCGUGUUUUCUUCAAGGAAGUUGGCAGCAAAGAUCUCUCGCAUGUCCAGUGGACCUACGUCGGCAUCGCAGCUUUUGUCUUCCUGCUCGCUGUUGUCUUCUUCUUCAGCCCCCUUCCAGAAGUCACGGAUGCGGAUAUGGCUCUUCAAGCCGAGCAAUGUUCGGAUCUUACUGGCUAUCAAGAGAAGCCUCUUAGCAAACAAUACAAGCUGUUCUUCGGUGUCGCAGCUCAAUUCUGCUACGUUGGUGCUCAGGUUGCGGUGGCUUCUCAAUUCAUCCGGUACAGCGAGGAGUCUGCUGGCCUCACUGAAGCUCAGGCAUCCGACCGAUAUGCCAUUGGCCAAUCUUUGUUCGCCAUCGGUCGAUUCGCUGCCGCCGGAUUGUUCAUGUUUGUCAAGCCUCGCCUUGUCCUCUUGGUUUUCAUGACCGCCAUUAUGAUCUUCAUUGGUGCUGCCAUCGGUGUCCAGGGUGAGGGAGGUGUCGCCAUGCUCUCGCUUGUGCUCUUCUUCGAGUCAUGCAUCUUCCCUACCAUCUUUACCCUUUCCAUUCGUGGUCUGGGCCGACACACCAAGCGUGGUUCUUCCUGGAUCGUUGCCAGUGUCUGCGGUGGUGCGCUGUUCCCAGCUCUUACCGGUCUCGCUGCCGAUCACAUGCACAGUUACCACAAGGCUAUGUGCGUUCCCCUGGUUGGCUUCUUCGUCAGCUUCGUCUUCCCCAUCUAUCUCAACACUGUCUGCGCUCGCGAACUCGAUGGUUUCCGUGAGACCAAGAUUGGAUACGUCGAUGAGCGACGAGGAACCAUCAUUGGUGAUAUCAAUGAUGUCCAGACGUUCGAGGAGAUGCAUAAGAGAAGCUCUGUCAACGUCGAAAAGGUGUAA